GACGUCUCCGAUUGGCUGACACAUUGUCAUGGGCGGGUUCUCACGGCACUUUCCUCAAGGGCUCGGGCGAUACAGUACCGAUAUCCAUCAAUUGAAAUACUCGGCUCAGGUGAUGAACUGUAAAGUCAAUGGUGCUGUAUACCCAUCCUCUGGAGUGAGCUCCAUAAAGAAGCCCAAGAUGGAGCAGCUGCAGGCCGACCAUGAGCUCUUCCUGCAGGCAUUUGAAAAGCCUACUCAAAUAUACAGAUUCCUAAGAACAAGGAACAUAAUAGCUCCAAUAUUACUUCAUAGGACCCUCACCUUUAUGUCUCAUAGAAACUCACGAACAAAUGCCAAAAGGAAAACAUUUAAAGUGGAUGAUUUGCUGUCCAAUGUGGAGAGAAUAAAAGGGGAGCCCGAGUCUCAAAGUUUGACUUCACAUCUGCAACUGACAUUCACUGGAUUUUUUCACAAAAAUGAUAAGCCAUGUCAAAACUCAGAAAAUGAUCAAAACUCAGUUUCACUUGAGGUGCUACUUGUCAAAGUCUGUCACAAAAAGCGUAAGGAUGUCAGCUGCCCUAUAAAGCAAGUGCCUACAGGGAAAAAGCAGGUGCCUUUAAACCCGGAUCUCAGCCAAACCAAGUCUGGUGCCUUCCCUUCCCUGCUGGUGUCCAGCAAUGAGUUUGAGCCAAGUAACAGUCACAUGGUCAAAUCCUAUUCUCUUCUCUUCAGGGUGUCUCAUACAGGCAAAAGAGACCCCAACGGUUUCAUCAACUGCGAGACCGAUGAGAAUAUUGAUGUAAAAGAGGAACUCCCAUCCAGAAGGAAGAGAAACUCAUCCCACAGAGGUGAUGGGGAGAUCCCAGAAACGUUUGUUGCUCAGAUGACUGUUUUUGAUAAAAACAGGCGGCUGCAGCUGCUGGAUGGAGAGUAUGAGGUUUCCAUGCAACAGAUUGAAGACUGUCCAGUCAGCAAGAAGAGGGCCACAUGGGAGACCAUACUGGAUGGAAAGAGGUUGCCUCCAUUUGAGACCUUCUCUCAGGGACCCACUUUGCAGUUCACCCUUCGAUGGACAGGUGACCCGAGUGACCCUUCCAUGUCCAAACCUCUCUCCACCCGCAGUUCUGACACCAGCACCACAGAGAGCAGACCCAGCACUCUCAGAACUGCACAUGUUGUGGCGAAGGAUUCAGUAAGCACCAGCAUGCAGACCAGGAGAGAGCAGUCCCCCUGUGAACCCAGACAAAAACUACGCAUCUUUUAUCAGUUUCUGUACAACAAUAAUACUCGUCAGCAGACAGAGGCCAGAGACGACUUGCACUGUCCCUGGUGCACGCUCAACUGCCGUAAACUCUACAGCCUGCUGAAACACCUCAAACUCUCCCACAGUAGAUUCAUCUUUAACUAUGUGCCUCACCCUAAAGGUGCUCGGAUAGACGUGUCCAUAAAUGAGUGCUAUGAUGGCUCAUAUGUUGGCAAUCCGCAAGACAUCCAUAGCCAGCCUGGCUUUGCCUUUAGCCGCAACGGCCCUGUUAAGAGGACAGCUGUCACCCACAUACUUGUUUGUCGGCCAAAGCGAAUCAAGCCAAGUCUGUCUGAGUUUUUAGAGUCAGAGGACGGAGAGCCAGAGCAGCAGCGGACUUAUGUGAGCGGACAUAAUCGUCUGUAUUUCCACAGUGACAGCUGCAUGCCCCUCCGUCCACAGGAGAUGGAGGUGGACAGUGAGGAUGAGCGGGAUCCAGAGUGGCUCAGAGAAAAGACCACCACGCAAAUUGAAGAAUUCACAGAUGUGAAUGAAGGAGAAAAGGAAGUAAUGAAGUUGUGGAAUCUUCAUGUUAUGAAGAAUGGAUUCAUUUCUGAUAAUCAGAUGAGUCAGGCGAGCAUGCUGUUUGUGGAGAACUGCGGGCCAUACAUUAUCCGCAGGAGACUGUGUCGGAACUUCCUGCUUCACCUGGUCAAUCUGCAUGACUUCAAUCUGGUCACAACAGCAACCAUUGACCGGGCCAUGGCCCGUAUGAAGGAGAUAGAGGAGUCACUUCCUGAACUAGAGGAGGGGCAGGACUCAUCAGAUGCCAAUUGCAAUGGUCACACUGUGUCCUCGAGUGUUUCACUACAUGGCAAACGCACCAAAAGUGGAGUGUCAGACUGACAACAGUUGGUUUUACAAGAUAAAUUAUGAACAUAAUGAACAAGAUCUUUUGAACUCAAGUUCUCAAUCAACAGUAUCUGUGGCUUAGAGCAAUUGUUCAAUUUCAGAUCUGCCAAUAUACCCAUUUAUUAACAAGGAGCCCAUUUGAGACUUGAGUGAGUUAGCUGCUGGUAAUGCAGACUGAUGCAAGUGCUAUUGACUGAAUUGAUGCAAUUUUUCCAAAGUUUUCAGUGUAGUUUGUUAUACUUAAGAACCAGUAUCAUUCCAGCAGUCAUGUUUAGUAUAAUCUUUAGGUUUUUUUUGUUUUUGUUUUUCUGAAAAUCCAUUAUGCGAUGAAGUGAGUUACUGUAGAAUUGGGAGUAUGGUUAGUUGACAUUUUCUGUGUAAGUUUGAUGAUUUUGUUUAACCACUGUGCUUUCAGUGAUUAUUUAGCACAUGGUAGCACUUGUGUUUCUACUUAUGCAGUGGCUGUAGACUCAGAAUUGUUGACAUGGACACCAAGUUGAUAAUGAGGUUUCUCAAGUCAGAUUUGAAAGCUAAGCAAAUUAUUAUUAUUAUUAUUAUUACUACAUACUGAUACUAUUUUUUACCAGUUUUAGAUUGGACCAGUCAGUAUAUAUGUUGAAGUCUGUCAGAUCCUUGUUUUACAUCCUCCCAUCUUAAAAUGGCAUCUCCUCUGUGUAUAUUUUUUAUACCAGUUCUCGUUAAUUAGCAAUAGAUAUGCACACUCAUGAAAGGAGAACUGCCAAUGUUUGAGUCGUGGUUUAACUCACCUAAUUAUGCCAGUUAAAGUGGGGAUCCAGAAAUGUUUAAAAUCCAAUGUAGGUGAUGUCAAACUUUUGUUAAUACUGGGUAUGUGGUUAUAUAAUAGUUUGUUGCUAUUACAAGGUUCAAAUGUUGUAUAUGCCAAAGUAUAUCAGAUAUAGCUUCCUUUCUCCUUCGAUUUGUUUCCUCUGCAAAAUGCACAAUUUUGGUGUACACAAGAAACCUAUUUACAAAUUAAAGAUGUGUAAAUGCUUGGUUUAA